AUGGCCGCGAUAGUCGCGACCGUGGCGGACCGGGUCGAGACCGGGACCAGCGCUGGAAUCAUGACCGGGACCAACGCCGUCCCUCGUCCAGCUGCCGUGCCAAACCAGGACCCGAGCAAGCCCAAGCAGCCCCUCUCUCUUGAGGAGCUCAUGAAAAAGCACGAGCGUGCCAAAGAAGAGAGCAACAAGCCAAAGUUCAUGUCCAAAAAGAAGCGCGAGGCGCUGGCCGCACGUUUGGCCGCGGAAGAGAAAGCUCAAAAGGAGCAGCAGGAAAAGGAACUCCGAGACAAACGCAAGCAGCUCGAGCGCGAAGCUCGCGACGCCCGCUUUGGUGAAGGCUUGGCGUGGCAAACCGAGGACGAGCGCAACGCCGAGCUCAAGGAUAUCCGCAAACGCUAUUUUGGUCGUCAACGCGAAAAGCGUAAAAUUCGUCGCAUGAAUGACAAGAAAUUCGUUUUUGACUGGGAUGAGAAGGAUGACACCAGCACCGACUACAACCCCCUGUACAAAGAGAAACACGAGGUGCAGCUCUUUGGCCGCGGUCAUAUUGCUGGCAUUGAUGUGGUCCAGCAAUUAAAGGACAAAGGCGAGUUCUACGAGGCCAUGCUCGAGAAGCGCCGCAGCGAAGAGCAAAAGGCAACUCAUGAGGCAGCCCGCCGCCGCGACGCUCGCGAUCAGGCCAAGAUGGCCAAGCAACGCCACGAUACACGCCACUGGUCGGAGAAGCCUCUGGAUGAGAUGACCAACCGUGACUGGCGUAUCUUCCGCGAGGACUUUAACAUUGCCUGCAAGGGUGGCAACAUCCCGCCGCCCCUGCGCAGCUGGGACGAGGCCGGCCUGAAUCCGGAAAUGCUCAAAGCCAUCCAAAAACUCGGAUUCGAGAAUCCCACGCCCAUCCAACGCGCGGCCAUUCCCAUCGGUCUCAAUAACCGUGACAUUAUCGGCGUGGCCGAGACAGGCAGUGGUAAAACUCUGGCCUUUGUGCUACCCCUGCUCAACUGGAUCAUCUCCCUUCCUCAGCUGGUCCGCGAGCAGGACAUUGAUAAUGGACCCUACGCCGUCAUUUUGGCGCCAACUCGUGAUCUGGCUCAGCAGAUUGAGGAUGAAGCCAACAAGUUUGCGCGCCCCUUGGGCGUGCGAUUGGUCUCCGUCAUUGGUGGCCACAGCCGCGAAGAUCAAAGCUUCAAGCUCAACCAGGGUUGCGAGGUGGUCAUCGCCACCCCGGGUCGUCUGAUUGACGUCCUUGACAACCACUACAUGGUCUUGAACCAGUGCUCAUACAUUGUCAUGGACGAAGCUGACCGCAUGCUGGACAUGGGCUUUGAGCCCGAGGUUCAACGCAUUCUCGAGUACAUUCCCGUUUCCAACAUGAAGCCCGAUACUGAUGAAGCCGAGGACCAGCACUUGUUGGCGGAAAACUCGCGCAACAAGGCGAAAUACCGUCAGACGGUGCUCUUCACAGCCACCAUGCCGACGUCUGUUGAGCGUUUGGCGCGCACGUAUUUGCGCCGUCCCGCCACUGUCAACAUUGGUGUCGCGGGCCGGGCCGCCGAUCGUGUGGAACAACGGGUAUUGAUGUUGUCUGAGAAGCAAAAGCGCAACGAGCUCGUCAAGCUGUUGGAUAGCAUGGAACCGCCAGUUAUCAUCUUUGUCAACCAAAAGAAGGGCGCGGACGUGCUAACAAAGUCGCUUGAGAAGAUGGGCUAUCGAGCAUCGGCGCUCCACGGUGGCAAGUCGCAAGAUCUGCGCGAGCGGGCUCUGUCACAACUCAAGGAUAAGACCAAGGACAUCCUUGUUGCCACCGACGUGGCUGGCCGUGGUAUUGAUAUCAAGGGCAUCUCCAUGGUCAUCAACUACGACAUGGCCAAGAACAUUGAGGACUACACCCAUCGUAUCGGUCGUACGGGACGUGCCGGUAGCAGCGGUGUGGCCGUCACCUUUCUUACUGAGGAGGAUUCCAAGGUCUUUUGGGAUCUCAAGGAGAUGCUCAAGUCGAGCAAGAACAGCGUGUGUCCCCGCGAGCUGGAGCAACACCCCGAGGCCCAGCACAAGCCCGGCACGGCCGUCAACAAGUUUGGUCGCAAGGAAACCCUCUAA